AGCUGCUUUCCCCAAAACACACGUGCUUUGCGAUCAGUGCGAGUGAACAAAAUCCCUGAAAUAAUAAAAACACAGCUCCCCGAAACAUGUCUGACCAGGAAAGGGAUGGAGGGGUCUCGGACUCGGACUCUGAGGAGACGGUUGCCCCCACGGAGAGCCUCGACAGCUCCACUGCCGCCAUGCCGCUCAGUGGCAUUCCCUCUAUUCUGCGCUCCAGCCAGUCCAAGACUGUAGAGGUCGCCGAAGCCCCUUCGAUAACCCUCACCAUUCCCGAUUCCGACCAAUCCCCGCCUAACGAAUCCCCCGAGGAGCGAGUCCGGCGCAGACUCCGCUUCCUGGAGCUGCGGCGGGAGCACUACAACCACAUGUUCAGCCAAAACACCGAGGUCUGCACCAUGGCGUCCUCUGAGGAGCUGGAGGACCCGCUCCGAGACGGGGAUUCCAUGUAACAGGACUGAUGUUCAAGGAGCGGACCAACAACUCGCCAGUCGCAGAGCAACGGCACGGGGUUCAGUGUUUAAAAUAUUUGCAUAAUAAUUUACAAAAAUUAUUAA